AUGUUGAUAAUUAAUCCUUAUCUACUCUCUCUAUUUUAUACAUCUCUCUCUCUCUCUCACUCUCUCUCUCUCUCUAUCUAUCUAUCUAUCUAUCUAUCUAUCUCUCGAUUUUAUGCCUUUUCCGAUUUCUUUCACUCUCUCCACACUCUAUGUCUUUCUCUCUCUUUCUUGAUUUCAUGCCUUUUUCUCCAUGUCUCUUUCUCUUUCUCUCUCUUGGUUUCAAUCAUUUCUCUCUCUCUCGAUUUUAUGCCUUUUUCUCUCUCUCUCUUUCUCUCUCCCGAUUUCAUGCCCUUUUUUUCUUUCUCGUUUUCUUGUAUUUUCUAUUUCUCUCUCUCUCGACUUCAUGCUUCUCUCUCUUGCUCCCUCUCUCUCUCUCUCUCUCUGUCUCUCGAUUUCGUGCAUUUCUCUCUCUCGAUUUCAUGCCUUUCUUUCUCUCUCGAUUUCAUGCCUUUCUUUCUCUCUCGAAUGCAUGUCUUUCUUUCUUUCUUUCUUUCUCUCUCUCUCUCUCUCUCGCAAUUUCAAGUCUUUCUCAAGUUCUAUUUCAGUAUCACUGCGGGCACUAGUGUGGUACACGCAAUCAAGAUUGUUCUCAUCAACCUCAAGGCGUCUAUGCAUUCUUUAUAA